UCUCGGUUUGGCUGGCAGGCUACGGAAGACAACUACCAGUGCCGAGUGAUUAACGGAACGUUAACCUAACAACUGUAAUAACCGAACAGACUCUGAACUAUCUGACAUUCCGUCGGUACUUGCUACAGUCCUCCCGCCUGGUUUAGAGAGACUUUAGGUCGCGACGCUCACAUUUUCGGUAGAAUUUACAUCGGUUAAAUUUAAAGCGAAAUAACGAACACGGGUUGGGUGAAAUGUAUGGUUAGAAUCUUUUGAGGAGGGAGUCAGCUGUAGUUUCUCCUCAAGGGGCGAGGAAUGCUAUCUGAGCAUCAAUGUUUCACUGGGGCAAGUGGAAGAAGAGGAUGGGAGCCAACAGUUCUUCAAAGAGACCCGUCUUCGACGAAAACGAAGAUGUGAACUUCGACCACUUCCAGAUAUUACGGGCCAUUGGGAAAGGAAGCUUUGGAAAGGUAUGCAUUGUGCAAAAGAGGGACACGGAGAAGAUGUACGCCAUGAAGUACAUGAACAAACAGCAGUGCGUGGAGAGAGAUGAGGUCCGAAACGUCUUUAGAGAGCUUGAGAUCCUACAGGAAAUUGAACAUAUUUUUUUAGUAAAUCUCUGGUACUCGUUUCAGGAUGAGGAGGACAUGUUCAUGGUGGUUGACCUCCUGCUGGGAGGAGAUCUGCGCUACCACCUGCAGCAGAACGUCCAGUUCAGUGAGGAUGCUGUGAAGCUCUACCUCUGUGAGAUGACGCUGGCUCUGGACUACUUGCAGAACCAGCACAUCAUCCACAGAGAUGUCAAGCCAGACAAUAUCCUGUUGGAUGAGCAAGGUCACGCUCACCUAACGGACUUCAACAUAGCGACGAUAAUAAAGGACGGAGAGAGAGCCACUGCCUUAGCUGGAACCAAGCCCUACAUGGCCCCAGAGAUCUUCCAGUCUUUUGUUAGUGGGGGUACAGGCUAUGCCUUUGAUGUAGACUGGUGGUCACUAGGGGUGACAAUCUUCGAAGUGCUUCGUGGAUGGAGGCCCUAUGAUAUCCAUGCCAGUAACUCGGUGGAGUCCCUGAUGCAGCUCUUCAGUACAGUCAGUGUCCAGUACAGCGCAGCCUGGCCCAAGGACCUGGUCUCCCUGCUGAGGAAGCUACUGACAGUGAACCCAGAGCAUCGUUACUCCAGUCUGUCUGCCAUGCAGGCAUCUGCCUACCUCACUGACGUCAACUGGGACGCCGUGUACGAGAAGACCAUCGAGGCCGGAUUUGUUCCUAAUAAAGGGCGCCUCCACUGCGACCCCACCUUUGAGCUGGAGGAGAUGAUCCUGGAGUCGCGUCCCCUUCACAAGAAGAAGAAGAGGCUGGCCAAGAACAGAUCUCGAGAUAAUAGCAAGGAUUCUCAGUCUGAGAACGACUACCUACAGGAGUGCCUUGAAGUGGUGCAGCAGGAGUUCAUGAUCUUCAACCGAGAGAAGUUGAAAAGGCGUCAGGAGGAGGGUCCGCCCGAGGCCGGGGUGGAUGAUGCCAGUGGAGACGGGGACGGGGAGGCCGAGGGCGGGGCCACCGACGAGGAUGCACCCGAGCCAGAGCCGGACCCCGAGCCGGAGCCCGAGACCUCCUCCAAACGGAGCAUGUGCGGCUCGGUGUGCUCCUCCCCCGGCAGCAGCUAGCCUUUCAGCGCCUCAGAGACCCUCGCAGGCUCUCUGCCAGCUGCAGCGUCUGUGCCAUGCCAAUAGAAACAUUCUCACCUCUCUCUGUUGUAGCCAGGAGUGGAGGGGCCGCACAGCAGGACCCCCAAUUUUCCCUCUUUUUCCCCCUGUAGCAUCCUUCAGGUAGGGCAUGAAUGAAGCAGAUUUCCAGAGAGUCCCCGCCUCCUGCACCCAUACGCCCUAGAGGUCUUUACGGGGGAUCGGUGAAAAGCCUUGUUACUGUACCAACUGGAACCGCUCCGUGUUUAAAAAAUGCUGCUUUAACUGCUUUGAUAAAGAAAUAAAUCUCCUUCCUGUAA